CAGUGUAGUAACUUCCUUUUCCGGUUUAGUCGCCAUCAUGUCACUGGUCAUCCCAGAGAAGUUCCAGCAUAUUUUGCGUAUUCAGAAUACGAACAUCGAUGGAAGACGUAAAACUCCCUUUGCCAUGACGGCAAUCAAGGGUAUUGGCCGUCGUUAUGCAUUCAUCGUGUUGAAGAAGGCAGACAUUGAUCCCUUUAAGAGGGCUGGAGAAUUAUCCGAUGAAGAGGUUGAGAAGAUCCAAACUGUAAUGAUGAACCCAAGACAGUACAAAAUCCCUGAUUGGUUCCUCAACAGACAGAGAGAUGUGAAAGAUGGCAAGACAGGCCAGGUUCUCUCCAAUGCCCUUGACAACAAACUCCGUGAGGAUCUUGAAAGACUAAAGAAGAUCCGCGCUCACAGAGGUCUCCGACAUUACUGGGGUCUCCGUGUGAGAGGUCAACAUACAAAGACCACUGGACGUCGUGGAAGAACUGUUGGUGUGUCCAAGAAGAAAUAGACAUUUUCAUCUUUCUCUGUACAAUAUUAUACAAAAUAAAUUAAAAACAGUCUGGAACGAGAA